AUGCGUCCACAGUUCCGCCAGCAUCAGAUUCCCACUCCCUGCGCCCCGAAGCGUUCAAUGGAUGAGGAACAGCUGUGCCAUCGGUUGCACAAACGACUGCGGAUCGGCAGCCCAACAGCGGCACGCCAGUUGGCACACGGCCACUAUUCGCAGGCAAACAGCGUUCUGCAGCAGCUCCAUGCCGAGCAUCUGGCAAGGCGGCAGCAAACGCCUCGUCCUGACUACCCGACGGACGCGACGAUGACGAUGACACAUCAGGCCUGGACGGCUGCUGGGAGCGUGGCUCCCACCGACUUUGCGGCAAUGACUCAUUUUGUGCUCAGCGACGUUGUACAGUGCUCACACGGGGCACAGGGUCGUUGUCUGCAAUGUGCUGGGCGAUUGGUUCAAAACGUUCCAUUGCAGGUCUACAGCGAUUGGUGUACAGCUUGCAGUUCACCUGCAUCCUCUUCAAACAUUCCACCUCCACGGCCCUGUGCCACGUCGGUGAGGGAGCUGACCUUUCCGGCCAUGGCGGCGCUCAUUGCGUGUCUGGGGCCGGAGCCGGGAGAGAGGCUGUUGCACUUGAGCAGCGGUGUUGCUCGGGUGGUGUCUGCCUGGGCUCUCCUCGUGCCGCGAGGAAUGGCCUGCGGAAUUGAGCGCUGUGCAGCGCACCAUGAAGCUGCUGUGACGGCAGUGGAGAAGAUGGACCCGGAGGUUCAGAGCCGGGUGUUGCUCCACAACGGCAACCUUCUGGAUUCGCAGAAUGACUGGCAUCAGGCGAGCACCAUCCUCGUCAGCGGGGAAGCUUUAGCGGAUUCCCACGUGGCAAGGGUUACCACUGGCCUGGAGAGGACACAGCCAGGAACACGCAUCGCCUCGAUCGGCAGACCGCUGGGUGAUCCAAAUGGACCUCUUGGUCUGCAGUUCGUUCGGCAGGUUGUAUACCGGACAGUCGGCUCGGGGAAUGCGCCCGUAUUCAUCUACCGCAAGCCCGGUCUCUGA